AAUCACGGGUCAUUUUGGUGAGGGGCUCUGGAGAGAAUGUUGAUGAGAAAAGAACAUAUCUACGGCGGAAGUACCGGGAAAGUGGGAGGGAAAAAAAGUUUCGACAACUCUAGAUUGCGAAUAACACCGGUAUAGCAUGAUGAAAACAAACUUCUGUUAGGUAAAUACUUUUAUGAUCGGAAAAUAACUUUAUAGUCUUACUUUCGAGUUCACAAUGGGACUCCCAACUCUGGAGUUUAGCGAUUCUUUUCUGGAUAGCCCUGAUUUCAGAGAACGGCUAAAAUAUCAUGAAAUAGAGUUGGACCGAACAAACAAAUUCAUCAAAGAACUGAUCAAAGACGGGAAUAUGUUGAUAACGGCGCUAAAGAAUCUGUCUACUGCUGUCCAGAAGUUCUCUCAGUCCCUCCAGGAGUUCCAGUUUGAGUGUAUAGGAGACGCAGAGACGGACGACGAGGUCAAUAUCGCCCAGUCGUUCAAGGAGUUCUCCCAGCUACUGAACACAGUGGAAGAGGAGAGGAGACGCUUGGUAACAAUUCUGUUAUUUACUCUAUUAAUAUCCUCUUUAUGCAUGAGAAAGUGGUCAUCAACUUCAUUGUUCCAUUUUAAUUUAGUACAGAUUAGAUCCGUCCUAUCAGAUAUUGCAGCUGUAGGCCUAUUACAGAUGAAAUGCUAA